CGGCGUUGGCCAAAUCAGCACUAUCGAGAACGCUGUUUACUGCUGGAUGCUUGUAAUGGCCUCCGACAGCUCCUUUUUUAUUGAACUCAAAGUCCAUUGAGCUGUGCCGCACCCUCCUCGUCCUCAGUCAGGGGGGAGAACUUCAAGGGGAGUCCAUCGCCUCUCGCUCACAUCCACACAUUCCUGUGGACAACUCCUGGGCCAUGUCUCCAUUCAUCCUGGUCACCACGCUGCUAACCCACACAUUCAUGCUGAUGGCUCCAGUCUCUGCACAGGACAAUCAAGACAGCUGCCCCCCAGGAAGGUACAGAACCGAGACCAACAUCUGCUGCCAGCUGUGCCCCCCAGGGACAGCGAAGGUUGAAGACUGCUCAUUUGAGGAACAUUUCCCAGUCUGCCUUUCGUGUAGCGACGGAUCAACAUUCACAGACUCGGCAAAUAACCUCACCAGCUGCCAAGGAUGCAGAAUCUGCGACGAGCAAAGGGAGCUUGUUCAGCAUAAGUGCUUCGCAACUGGCGACACGGUGUGCGAGUGCGUGGAAGGAAUGUACAGACCAAGCCAUCCUGAACCCUGUGAGGUUCUUAAAGGCUCAUUGAAUUGGAUUUGGGUUGUCGUAUUCAUUAUUUUUGCUGCUUUGGGUGGAGUUGCUGUUUUCGUAUAUUGGUUUAAGAAAGUGAAAACAUCUCAACAUGCGGGUUCCCAUGCCACCGACUCUGAGAGGCAACCGCUGAGUAGCGACGAUCGCUCCGAGCCAACCCAAUCGGAACCACAGGUGGAGGUUGCCGUUGUGAGAGACGCCGUGGAGAUGAUCCAAGAGAAGAUGGCCUCGGGUGGAGGUGCCGUGUGGACGUGGCUGAGUGACCGCUGCUCAGAGCUGCUGGGGAGUGGAGGCGGUGGGGUCGGGCCCCACCUCUUGCUCGACCUCUUCCUGCGGGAGCUCAUCGACGAGGCCGAGUACUGGAAGGCACGCGGCCUCCCUGAUGCGUCGCGACUAGCACACUACGUCAUCGCCCUCGUGGUAGACAGAGGAGAGGAGGCCUGCGGGAAGUUCAGGGACAUUUACGAGGACUUCAGUAGCAGGAAGAGAACAUUUCUAGACAUGCAGAGUCAGGCUGAAAUCUGCUCACCAACAUACGACCCUAACACAGCAAAUGGGUUCCUACUGCUCUCCACGGACCUCAAGACGGUAACAAAAGCAGCUGAUCAACUGUACCCACAUCACAUGGAGAGGUUUGAGUCCGUCCCCCAAGUGCUGUGCUCAGAGGGAUUCUCCUCCGGGCGCCACUACUGGGAGCUGCACGUGGGCUGUGCAGAGCAAUACAUGGUCGGUGUCGCUUGUGGGAAGAAUGCGAUGGAGAGAGAAGAAUGUAUUGCUGGGCUGGACGGGGUUAGACUGUCCUGGUGCGUGUGGAGACGCGAGGCUGAGCUCGUGGCUGCUCACAAUGGAGAAGUCACCGUGCUGAACCCGCCAGUGCCUCCCCAGCGAAUCGGGAUUCACCUGGACUGUGGCAAUCUGAAGCUCACGUUUGUUUGUGCUGAGACCAUGACGCCUCUGCACGAUUUUUAUUUGGAGGAGUGGAAACGCUCCGUUACGCUACGUCCUGCAGUGUUGCUGCUUAGUGGAUCGAUUACCAUUGCCCAACCCCUCAGUGGUGAUGUCAACAAAUCCGUUCACCAGAAGGUUUAUGAGUACGAGGCCGGUUUGACGCCUGUGCGGAAUGAGAUGGUGGCCCUGCUGCGCAGGAGACCCUAUCUCUUCCUGCAUGAGAUGUUGAUGCAGGGCCACAUCGAAGCGCACAUAUACUGGAAGGCGUACAUGGAAAACAUUUCCAUAAAGUGUGAAAAGUUCAUCCGCGAGGAAGUUGAAAGUGUAAAGAAGGACGGGGAGCUCGAGGAAGUGAUGGAAGCCACUAGAAGUAAUGAAAGAGACUUCCUCGCCAUGUUAAAAUCGUCAGAAAGGUGUUCUCCCACCGUGAACCCCAAUUCCGUGAACUCCGACCUCCGCCUCUCCGUCGACCUCAGGACGGUGACUCUGUCCUCCGAGCGCCACUCUUACCCCCACCACCUCGAGCGCUUUGAGAACUCCGCUCAGGCGCUGUGCCGCGAGGGCUUCUCCAGCGGCGCGCACUACUGGGAGGUGGACGUGGGCGGCGCGGAGCAGUUCAGAGUGGGCGUCGCGUGCGCCACUCUGCCGCGCGGAGGGAGCGCGGAGGCGCAGGUCCUGGGCGCGGGCGCGGACUCCUGGUGCCUGUGGAGACGCGAGGGCGGCUACGCGGCGAGCCACCGCGGCCGCCACACCGCACUGGCGGCCGUGCGCCCUCCUCCCAGGAAGAUCGGCGUUCACCUGCGUUGGGAAGAGGGGCUCCUCUCGUUCUACUGCGCCGACAGCAGGAGGCGGCUGCACUCAUUCAAUGCCACCGCCUUCCCAGGCCCUCUCUACCCCGCCCUGUGCGUGCACAAGGGGACGGUAACCAUACUUCGCAAGAGUCUACGGUUUGAGGAGGGUGAAGGAGCGACCGUUGAGAUGGAGGAGAGUGGGGGAGUGAAGGGAGGUGUGGUAGAAGGUGUGGGAGUGAACAGCGACACGAGUAAGAAUGUGGAGCUGCACAGCAACGUCGUGGAGAAUAGAGGAGAGAAGAGUGGAGGAGAGAAGAGUGGAGUAGAGAAGAGUGGACUAGUGGAGAGUGUAGUAGUGAAGAGUGUAGUAGAGAAGAGUGGAGGAGUGAAGAGUGGAGUAGAGAAGAGUGGAGGAGAGAAGAGUGGAGUAGCGGAGAGUGGAGUAGAGGAGAGUGGAGGAGUGAAGAGUGGAGGAGUGAAGAGUGGAGUAGAGAAGAGUGGAGUAGAGAAGAGUGGAGGAGUGAAGAGUGGAGGAGUGAAGAGUGGAGUAGAGAAGAGUGGAGUAGAGAAGACUGGCGUAGAGAAGAGUGGAGUAGAGAAGACUGGAGUAGAGAAGAGUGGAGGAGUGAAGAGUGGAGUAGAGAAGACUGGAGUAGAGAAGAGUGGAGGAGUGAAGAGUGGAGGAGAGAAGAGUGGAGUAGUAAAGAGUGGAGGAGUGAAGAGUGGAGUAGAGGAGGGUGGAGUAGAGAAGAGUGGAGGAGUGAAGAGUGGAGGAGUGAAGAGUGGAGGAGAGAAGAGUGGAGUAGAGGAGGGUGGAGCAUCGCAGAUUGAGGUGGGGGAUGGAGGAACUGGGGGAGGUGCUGCUGGGGAGAGUGAGGCCAGCAACGGGGUAACGCAAAUCUCGAGUGGGGCUGGUGGGGGCACGAUGAGCGGAGCAGAGAGCGACGCAACUAAACUUGGGGACGUGAACAUUGGCUUAGGGACGAUUGAAGGAGAGAAGAGUGAAGUGAAGGUUGAUGGCGGAGGAGGGAAGAGUGGUUUGGAGGAGAGUGGAGUGUUGCAUAAUGAGUCGGAGGAUGGAGGUACUGGGGUAAAUGGUGCUGGGCAGAGUGGGGAUGUGGAGAAACACACUGUGACGACUGGGAGUGGUGGUGAGAAAAGUAAAGGGAAAAAGGAGAGAUCAAUUGGGAGUAAACUUAAAGGAAUAAAAAUGGCUGUGAUUAAACGUGAGGGAAUGAAAAGGAAGGUGGAUGGAGCAGUAAACAGUGACAAGAGUGAAAAUGUUGACGUGGACUGCAAGUUCGGGGAUAAUGAAAGAGACGAGAGGGAUGUCGAGGUGGGGGGUGGCGGAAUGGAGGGGGGUGGUGCUGGGGAGAGUGCGGAUGCGGAUACAAAAUCUGAGGCGUUAGGAGAGACGGUGUGGUAAUUAUAGGGCGUUUAACAUCACUGAGUGGAGAGAGUGAAAGUGGGGGAGUGAAUAGUGAGGUGGAUGAAAGUGGAGAAGUGAAUAUCGAUGGCGUUGAUGGUGGAGAGAAGAGUGGAGUAGAGGAGAGCGGAGUGUCACAGAUUGAGGUGGGGGGUGGUGGAAUGGGGGGAAAUGGUGCUGGGGAAGUGAAGGAAACUGUGAAGAGCGGCGGCGAUGACGUAGAGAAUGAAGGGAGAGUGCAGACAUUUAUCGGGGCAGUUUAUUCGUACUUGACAGGAGCUUCGAGUGAGGUUGAAGUAAAGGACAGCGAUGCUGGGAAUGGUGCAGGAGAGAAGAAGAGUGGGGAGGAGGUGGUGGAGGAGGGGAGAGGGAAGAGCGUGAGAGUGGAGGGACACAAAACGCCGACUGUGCAGGCGUUGAGAAUUCAGAUGAAGACUUCGCCCCGUGAUGAUUCCAGAUUCUCAAGUGCAGAGAAUUGAUGGCUACACAAAGCGUAGCACCACUUUAUCUUUGUUUUUGACGUAACUCAUCGUAUUCAUAAUAAAGGUUUUGU